UUCCGGGUUUGAUGAUAACCAGGAGCCGGCGGCGUUGGUUCGGCCCUUUAGGUCCUUGCUCCGAAGCUCCGCCUUCUCUUCGGUUCUUUCUGGAAAACCCGCUUUGAUCUCGGCUGUGCGUGACAGCGUCCCAGGCGCCUGUGUGUCUCCCAUGGCUGAUACGACCCCAAACGGCCCCCAAGGGGCGGGCGCCGUGCAAUUCAUGAUGACCAAUAAACUGGACACAGCAAUGUGGCUUUCUCGUUUGUUCACAGUUUACUGCUCUGCUUUGUUCGUUCUGCCUCUUCUUGGGUUGCAUGAAGCAGCAAGCUUUUACCAACGUGCUUUGCUGGCAAAUGCUCUUACCAGUGCUCUGAGGCUACAUCAAAGAUUGCCACACUUUCAGUUGAGCAGAGCAUUUCUGGCCCAGGCUUUAUUAGAAGACAGCUGCCACUACCUGUUAUAUUCACUCAUCUUUGUCAAUUCCUACCCUGUUACAAUGAGUAUUUUCCCAGUCUUGUUAUUCUCUUUGCUUCAUGCUGCCACCUACACAAAAAAGGUCCUUGACGCAAAGGGUUCAAAUAGUUUACCUCUGUUGAGAUCUGUCUUGGAUAAAUUAAGUGGUAAUCAGCAAAAUAUUUUGAAAUUCAUUGCUUGUAAUGAAAUUUUCUUGAUGCCUGCUACAGUUUUUAUGCUUUUUAGUGGCCAAGGAAGUUUGCUCCAGCCUUUUAUUUACUAUAGAUUUCUAACUCUUCGAUAUUCCUCCAGAAGAAAUCCAUAUUGUCGGAACUUGUUUAAUGAACUGAGAAUUGUUGUUGAACACAUAAUAAUGAAGCCUGCUUGCCCACUGUUCGUGAGAAGACUUUGUCUCCAAAGCAUUGCCUUUAUAAGCAGACUGGCACCAACAGUUGCAUAGUUUAACAUCUAGUUAAGCUAUGUGUCUAAUAAAAGCAUUAUUAGCAGCUGGUACUUCUGCUAGGGUAUCCUAAAUUCCAGGUGUUAACACUGACCUCAAUUCAACUUACAUAAUUUACGUAAAUGCAUCUCAAUGGAAAAAUAAUCAUUUUCAUGGCAUGUUAAAUCAAGCCUUUUCAAAAGUUUAUGAGAAUAUUUUACUGUGCUCUGUUGCUAAUGGUUCAGGAAGUUUGUAUCUAGUGAUAAAUGUACCAGAUUUUUUUUUUAGAUGCUGCUGUGCCUGUAUCAUGAAGUACAUUUAUUUUUUGUAAAAAUAGUUCUGAAAUUUGUUUCUACCUAAUUUGUAACCUAAAUUUAUAUCUGGCAUGAGUUCAUUAUGGUAAUAACAUGUGAAUUCAGUAUACUUUCAGACAGUAUUCUUUUGCCAUUCACUAGUUUUGGUUGAUGAUUUUAACAAAAACACUUCCCACUGUAAUUCUAUUUUAAAUUGUUACUGAUUUUGUGCUGCUUUGCUAGUACAGAUUUAUUUUGGAUGUACCAUUAUAAGAGGCAGUCUAUAUCUUAUGCUAGGACCUUCUAAAGUUUUAUUUCCAUAAGAAUACUGUGGCUUUGAAUUUUUUUUAAAGCUCAGCUGUAGGCCUGUUAGUCAAUUGGAUAAAUAUUUGGGGUCACAUAACCACUUUUAUAUAUCAGAAAGUAGUAGUGACACAACUUUCCUUUCAAAGACCCAUUGAGUAAUAUUUCUUAAAUAGGAAAUCCUUUUACAAAUGUAGACAGAUAGGUUUAUUAGUAUUAUACUUUGUAAAAUUACCUAGUUCAGAUUCUUGACUUCAGUUUUCUUGGUUUCUUAGGCUUGAAUUUUCCUAGAAAAUUGCAGCAGUCAGAUGCCUUUUGAAAAGAAUGUAUGAAGAUUGAGCAUAUAACUAUUCUGAAAUAAUAAUGAAGAAUGUCCUAUAAAUUACAUAUUUACCUAUCAAAUCUGGUUUGAAAGGUUAAAUGGAAAGGUUUAUAGGUAAGGUCAUAUGGAAUGGGGAGGGGGGAGAAGGAAUCGUGGGGGAAUAGUAUGCACUUCAGUCUUGUAAUGCAUAGAUAAAUUUGUGGAAAUUGGCUAUAUUAUGCAACUGUGAUUUAGGUUGUAUAAUGUGUUAAAUCCUGUUCAUUGAGCUCCCAUCAGCUACUUUAUAAAAAUUCAUUCUGAUCCUUAUUAUUGUUGCAUGAUUGGGAAUGUUCAAAAUGUUGCAUAGUUUUAGUAUAGAGUAAUAUAAUUGUUUUUGUAUCCAGUUUUCUUCUGUCUGCAUGUAAUAUGGAUUUCUCAAAUACAUUCAUUAGUAACUUAUCAGUAACAUCAGUUUUCCUUUUGUUCAACUUCCUAAUCUAUAGAAAGGUGAAAUUCUUAGGAUAGAUUGCCAGAAAAAUUCUACUUUGAUAGCUUAACUGUAACCAGCUAUUUUUGUAUUUUUGUAAUAUUUAUCUACUAUGUUGGAGAAGCAACCUCAUAAUAUACAAUUGACUGUGUGUGUGUGGAACUAGCCUCAUCACUGUAUAUGUAAUCUGAUGGUUUUGAAAACUAACUUUCUAGAGCAAUAAAGUGACUAUAAUGUUAAGUAAACACACUGAUUUCCAAUGAUGUUUUAAAAUAUUAUCUAACUAUAUCAAGAAAUUUUGGCAGCUGAAGGCAUAUUUAUUUAAAAUUGUUUUCGCUUUUUUUUUUUAAAUCAAUCUUGAUAAUUUUAGGUGUAGAAGAGUUUGAAAAGUAGUGCUGAGAGUUCCUUAAUACCCAUUAUUUAGCUUCCUGUUAUGUCAGCAUCUUGUGUAACUAGUAGAAUAUUUAUCCAAAGUAAGAAAUUAACUCUGGAACACUACUAUUAACUAAAGUACAAAACUUAUUUGGAUUGCACCAGUUUUUCCAUUUGUUGCACUGUUUUUACCUUGAUUGUCCUUUAAAGGUCUAUAAGUGAUCAUUUUGAGUUUUUCUUCCUUAUUUUUAAAGUUACCAGUGGUCAAAAAGAUUCCAUAAAGGAAGUGAUCUAUGUUGCUUUAAAAAAAAAUUUUAACCUUAAAACUUCUGUAAUGUCAGAUACUUAUGCUUUAAAUCAAGGCUUUUAAAUCACAUGACAGGAUUAUAAUAUUUCUGAUAUGCUCAUGUUUGAGAGGAAAUAAAAGAUUUAUUUCUUAAACGAAGAUAAUUAUAAAUAAUAGUCAAACUCAUGAGAAACUUAAGUUUACAAUUUGAGCCUUAGAAUAUGUUUAAUUCGCAUGAAAUUGUAAUUAGAAAUUCUGCAUUAUAAACAUGUACAAUUAUAGUCUAUUCGAUAUCUGAAAUUAGUUUUAUGUGUACACCUAUAAAAUUAAAAUCUGGUAACAGUAUAUAGAAUGAAUGCAGUAGGAUAAUUAACUCUUACUGCAUAACUGAACUAAUUUUUUCUUACAGGUGUGAAAGAAGUUGAUUUAACAUCCAGAAUAUCUCAUUGUUUAGGAAAUUGUAUAGUGCUAUUAUUUAUUAGACCCUCCUGAACAGGUGGACACCUUAUACAAAACAUAAAUUAUUCUAGCAAACAUUCUAUAUCACAUUACUUUUGUAUUCUUGAUUUCUCAUUAAUUUAAACCGUAUUUAACAUCAAAGAGAAAAGUCUUGGGUACAAUUCAUAUGUAAAUUUUCUUGGAAUAAAAUUGAUGAAGGUUGGUAUUCCUGGAAGGAAGCAAAAAAGCAAGCUAACUUUUUUCUUUUUAAAUUAUGUUUGGAUAAGAAUGUUUCUUACAGAGAACAUCAGGCCAAGCUAAUAAUAAAGAAGUUAUGAAAGAUUAGCACAUUCUGUCUUCUAAGUAAGAAUUGUAAAAUUGUCAAUACUUUUCUUUAUAAGGAUCAUGAUCAAAAAUUCAGAUUAGGUUUGUAAGUUUAGGGCAUGAAUAUUAUUUAUCCUGGAAAGGUAAAUGGGUAUACGUAAUAAGACAAAUGGAACUGAGAGGUUUAGUUUUCUGAAGCAUUCAGAUGACAAUGAGUAAAAUUAAUUUUGUGGUAAACAUUCUUAACUAAUGCUAAGGAAUUAAUUUUGAUUAAUACAGGUAUUCUAAAGCCUCAAAGCUGUCACUUAAUUUUGAUACUCAGACUGAAAACCUCAAGGGAGGAAGUAGCCACAGACAGUUAUAUAUAUAAUCUGUAGGUGUCACUCUUUCCUAAAGCUGCCUCCCUUUUUCACUUGCUAUAUUGGAAGGUUAAAUGCCACUGGAAGAGUGCUGAAUCAGUCAUAAAACUAAGGAUCUGAAUUCCAUGACCCUUUUUAAUGUGUAUUAAUUCAAUAUUGAACAAAUACUUAGUAAGCAUUUACUAUGAGUCCUUUUUUUUUUUUUUUUUUAAGUGACUGGGCUUAAACCCAGAGCCUCCUAUUCUGCCAUUGAGCCUUUGCAUACAUUUUUAAAAUAUUGAAAUAUUCAGAAGUACCCUGUCAACAUGUGCUUUGUAGGAAAAUAGGCCACAAUUGAAAGUAGCAUACAAAUCAUGGUCUCUUUUCUUUUGUUUUCUUUUUUUUCCCAAAGUGCCUAAAUCACCUAAACACAUAAAUUAUAAAAUUGUUCGUUCUUCAUUUUCAGAUGUGUGGAAACACGCUACUUAAAUUUUUUUCAUCACCAUUUUGUAGUUACAUGAGAUACAGCUGGUUUAACCUCUUUAAAUUUAGACUUUUCAUUGUAAUAUAAAAGCAUAUUGAACUUCUGGGAUAUUAUAUUAGUAAUGGUACCUAGAUUUGAAAAUUAAGUGUGGUUGUAGAGACACUACUAGUUUUUCGUAGCACCUCACUGAAAUUCUAAUCCUGGAAAAUUCCAGUGAGACUAUAUGAUAGUAUAGUUCAAGAGGUAGCAUACCAAAGGCACAUUCUUUUAAAAACCAAGGAGUUACUUCUAGAGAUUGUUUUAGUGAGCACUCCUUUUAUAUUCUGGGUGGAAAGUUAUUAGAUCUGGUAUUAAGGAUAAAAAAGGAACUGCUGAGUUUAAGAGGCUUCCUGGUAGAAAUUAAUCUAGGAAAUUUUUAUAUUCUAAGUUGGGUUAUUAGAACAUGUUCCCAUGUGAGGAAUUUUCUCUAUCGAGUAGUCUUUCCCCUCUUGUGCAGUUCAUAUAGGAAAAUUGAUCUGUAUUGAGUUUGAAUUGCUAUGACAAGAGAAAGAAAAAGUACAGUAUUUUUUUGAUCUAAAGCCGAUUGUUUUUCUUAGAAAACAAUAAGAAAAAGUUAUAGAUUGACAUCUGUGCUGGAAUUAGCUCAUGUCUUAGGAGAAAGAAGGGCCCAUGAAUCAUUUUACUUUCUAUUUCAUAGCCAAUUUUGGUAUGUUCAGACUUUGAAAUUAACUUUUUUUUUCUUUUCUUGGUUCAUGACAACUUAAUUCUACAUUUUUACUAUUUUUCUUUGUAACUUUAGGAUAGAAUGAUUCCUUUUGGUGUUAAUUUUUGCCUACAUGUAUUUGUAAGUUGGAGACCAAAUGAACAAAGUCUUGGGCAGGUAACAUUUAUGAUGUGUUUAUAUGAAACAAAUGUACAAGGGUCACAAAGGUUAGAAACAGUCAUAAAAAAAUGCUUCAUUUAUAAAUGCAUUACUUUUGGUGCUCUAUAUAAUGGGAUAUAUUGAACUAAAAAUUUGUAUAUGCAGUAUGUCAGCAUUUCUUAGUAACUUCUUUUGAAUCUAUUUUUAAUGUCUAAUAUUGUACAGUUAUACUCUUUAGGCCAAUACUAUCCACACUGUAUAAAUUUAUAAAAUAAAUUGAAAAAUUCAUCAUUCUCCUAUAUUCAGGACCAAAACACAUAAUGCUAAUGUAGGGCUCAGAGGGGAAAUAUAGUUCUCCUGCAUAUUUGAAAAAAUGUGAAGUCCUUUCAAGAAAAUCUAAUAAACAUAAUAAUCAUAGCCUGCUGACACUAAGGAAAAAGGACCUCAUUCACUCUUUCUUUUAUGCAGCGAUUUACUGGUCCCUACUGAUUUCCAAAUUGGAUCACUGUAGUAAAUUAUCCAUGCUGGUACCUGUGAAAGUAAGCCCUGGGAUCCAUAUUUGUUUUGUGUUCUGCUUAAAUCAGCAAGAAUGAUAAAUUUGAUGGUGUGAAAUUGGAAGUAUCAAGGGCUUUCUUUGGUGAUUGAGCAAAGAAAUGUCUCCACUUGUAAUUUAUUGUGACCCUUUUUCACUGUAUGUGCUUUGUAUGUCUAAUAUUUAUUUCAGUACAAAUUAAAUUGUUUCUUCACCUAUAUUGUUAUAUCUGAGAUUUUAUUGAUGUAAAAAUCAAAUUGUAUAAUAAAAACCUCUCUGGAUUUAA